AUGUGUAAGAAGACAGGGCACUUCGUGAGGGAAUGCCCACUGCUCAAAGAGCCAACCAAAGGGAGGGUAUUUGCGAUGACUCAAGAGCAGGUGGAUCUGGACACGGCUAUUAUCACAGGUAUGAUUUAUGUUGCCAAUGUUCCAGCCCAUGCAUUAAUAGAUUCCGGAGCUACACAUUCCUUUAUAUCUGAGGCUUACCUCACAAAACUAGGCAUUAUACCUGAACGAAUGGUUGCGGGAUAUAGUGUUUUAUUACCAUUGGGGGAGGAAUUGCAUAGCAACAGGAUGGUAAAGAACUGUCAGAUGAUGAUGCAAAAUCAUAUGGUGGGUGUGAGGUUCAUCGUGUUGGAAAUGACAGAGUUUGAUGUGAUCUUUAGCAUGGACUGGCUGGUUCAGCAUGAGGCAGUCAUCGAUUGCAAAUAG